CGAUUUUGCGCAUGCGUACGCGUGCUAUGAAGGCUUGUUGAUAGUGCAAUUGCUACCGCAGUUUUUGCUGCACUCCAGGAGCGCUGUGCGCGGCCCCAGCGGCGAAGCGCUGCGUCUACAAACGCGUUGCAGUGACGCUGCAAGGGUGCAGACUGUGCAGCAGCGUAGGGUUACGCGCUCGAGCCACUCGCGAUCGCAUACAUAUCGAAAAGAAGGUACGCGACCAGUGCAAAAACAAAAAUGCAAGCAAAAACGCAAGAAGCAAAAAACCCACAAGCCAAGAGCGCGGCGGCCAACUCCAGCGGCCGUCGUGUUCCGUUACACAAUCUGUGGAAGAGCACUCCUCCGGUAUUCUAAUGUGGCCGCGCGCAACACCCGGCGGUCUGUUUCGCAACCGGUGUACACACGCAGGUCCCAUGCUUCGGCAGACGCUUGUUUUGUUAUGCGUGGCGCAAUGUGACGGUCUGUCCGCGCGGCCGAUGCGCCUCGAGCGCGAUGGCAACGCGUACAAGUUCGUCCCUGCGACGGGUAUGUACAAGCUGGUCGAGGGAGACGGGCCGACGUGGUUCGACCCGGACGGUUCACAAGAAAAUUUCCUCGAGGCCCGCGGCUGGGGCGUGAUAAGUAGGCCGGGGGCCGACGCCAACGAUGAGAGUGCCGAGGACUUCGUCGGCGACGGCGCUGCUUAUGUUCCCGCGUUUACGACCGAUGCCCAAGCGGGCGACGGGCCGCUGGUGAUUUCGUCGCUAGGGUUUGACAUAACGCCUCGGCCACCGGACGUCGCGGGCUUAUCUGAAGCGUCGGCCGACGUGCUGCUGCGCGGCGAGACCGAGAAGCCCCAUUCUGGUGUCACUGCCGACGGCGUCGCGUGGACCGAGGUACAGGACCUCGAGGGACCCAUCUUGUUCUGCUGCGCCGCGUCGGGCCUGCCCGUUUUUGCUUCUGAAGAUCUUGUGGCGUCGACGACGGGCUGGCCGUCCUUCGCGCGGCCGAUCAGUGAGGAGCACGUCAUCUACAGGCCAGAUGGAGGCGAGCGCGAGGUGCUGUGCGCCGCGAGUCGCACUCAUCUUGGUCAUGCGAUAGCGGAGGGCACGCGGACUCGCUACUGCAUAAACGCGGCGGCGCUGACCGUCAACCGGAUACCUCGGCCCGUGGCGUCCGCUGACGUGCCGCCGUCGCUUGCGCAUGUCCUGGGACGGCGAGAACUUUUGACGGCUCGCUUCGCCAUGGGCUGCUACUGGCACGUGCAAGACCUUUUCAGUAAGGUCCCCGGGGUCCUCUCGACGACGGCCGGUUUUGUGAACGGCGCCGAGGCCGUCGAGCUAAGGUACGAUCCGCACGUUGUCUCGUUAGCUUGUCAGUGUUCGCUUCUCCCUCCAUGCAGUUGCCGCGCACAUUCGUCGCCGCGAACAUCGCUGAUCGCAGGUACGAGGAACUUGUCGAGUUGUUUUUUGCCUCCCACGACCCGUCAACUUUCCGCGCCGCUGGCGAAAAGGGGCCUGGAGGAAAAUAUCGCUGCGAGAUCUACGCGCUCGACGGCCAACAACGCGCGACGGCCGAGACAGUGCGCGCGCGAGUUAAUCAAGCGGCAGGCUGCGCCGUCGCGACGCCGGUACUCUCUGCUGACGCCCCAUUCCAGCCCGCGCCCGAAGCGGAGCAGCACUACUACCUGCGACGGCGCGGAGAUGCCUCGCCGGAGAAACUGCCCCUCGCUGUCCUCGCGGCGUUGCCGGUGAAGUUGGAGGACUAGUAGUUUGUACAUUGUGUUUUGUUGUUUACACGCAACGUUGGGCUAUAGAUAGACAAGGGCGUGCGGGGAGGGAGGGAAGAAGGGUGGUUGCUCAGGCGGAGCCCUCCAUGAGCGCGACGAGGUCGGCGACGGCCGCAUCGAGGUACGGCUCCCCGACGAAGGAUAGCAUCUAGUACAGCGCGGGUUUUGACCGGUAAUUUUUUCGAACCUAACUUGGGGCUCGUGGCGCCUGGCGCAUUUUGGCGUCCUCUCUGACACAAGCCCACGGCCGCCGCACGAUAACGGGACGCCCCGCCGCCGCGCCGCCGCCGCGCCGCCGCCGAUUCCAGCCCUAAAAGCACCGACUAAAAAACGCCACAAAA